AUGUUAGGUGGCACGUUCCAGAAAAGCUCCGCGGCACUGCUGCUCCUCGGCCAGCUAGCAACACUCUCUUUCGGCUCUACCAUCCCUGCCAUCUCCCCUCGCAGCAGCAAGAGCGACGGCUUCAUCCUCGAGCAUCACCUCGGCAACCUCUCCCCUUACUUUGACGCUCCCAUCCCAUCCCACCUCUCGCUCGGCGUCCCCUCCGGCUGCCACGUCUCUCAAGUCUCGCUCAUCCACCGUCACGGCUCGCGCGGACCCAUCUCGCAGGAAAUCGGUACCAUCCGAAACCUCUCGUACUACCUCAACAACCACACCUCUCUCCUCACCUCGCCUCACUCCGCACCACCGCGCAAGCUCGCCUUCUUGGCUCAGAACGGUGGUGGCUGGAGUUCGGAUAACUUGCAUCAGGACGACCUCACUGCUGUCGGUCGUCGGGAGCUCUUCGACCAUGGCGUGCAGAUGAAGCUCGACUAUCCCCAUCACAACACCACGCUGUUCUUGGCAGGACAGCAGGAUAGGGUGGUUGAAUCGGCUCAAUGGUUCGCAGCUGGAUACCUCGGCAAGAACUACAACUCGACGGGUACGCUCGAUGUUAUCUCGGAAAGCCUCGGUGUCAAGUCCUACAUCACACCGACGGAGACGUGCAAGAACUGGACGUAUUCCUCCGGUGGAAAACCCGUCGAGCAAUGGGGCAAAGUCUACCUUCCACCCAUCGCGAAACAACUCAAUGCCGAGGUAGCAAAAGUUUGGCCGGGGUUGAGCUUCACGGAGGACAACGUUCACGGUAUGCUGUGGGCGUGUGCGUACGAGUUGGCGAGCAAGGGAAAGGUGGCACAAUCGAACUGGUGCGGGGUGUUUGAGAAGGAUCAGAUCGAGCAGUUCGAGUACGAAUUGGAUCUGCUGAUGCGCGGUGCAUUCGGGUAUGGGCUACCUAACGGGUCUGGUCAGGUGAUGGGGAGUUUGUUCGUUUCGAAUUUGACGCAACGUCUUACCCAACCGGAGAUGUUCAAGGAACCAAAUGGGGAGCAGAGGACGUUGUUCUUUGACUUUGCACACGAUACGACGAUCGAUCUCAUCCUCACCACCCUAGGUCUAGCCGCGGAUAAGACGUACCCGGUCGAGGGACCAGUCAACCCACAGAGGAACUGGAGGACGAGCUAUCAGGUUCCGUUCGCCGCUCAGAUGGAGUGGAGGAAGCUCAGCUGUGACGCGGGUAGGAAGGAGAUGAUUCAGCUGCAUUUGAACAAGGCUCCGGUUGAUUUGGGCAAGCUGUGCAGGACGGAUGGGUUUGGCGGGUGCGUGUUGGACGAAUUCUUGGAGGCGGAGCAGGUGAAGAAGGCGAACGAGGUGCAGGUGGGGGAUGACGUCUGGACUGCUGCUUGUGGCAAGUGA